CGCCCCGUCGGCGUGGGGAGGCAGGCGUCCCGUCUCCAUGGUAACGGGCCCGGCCUGCUGGCGGAGCGGAGGGGCCAGUCUUGAAAAAACAUUGAAGUUGCUUCUUGAGAUGGCAGCAAAAUAGCAUUAUCUGAAGGUUUAAGUUACGGAAGAAAUAUGGUUCGACUAACCCUGGAUCUGGUUGCUAAAAUCAGCAAUCACAAGUCCCGGAGAGAAGAAAGCAUGGCACAGUAUUUGAGGAAAAUAACUCAUCUAAAUGUCUCAGAUAAAAAUAUAGAUAGAAUUGAAGACUUCUCUUUGUGCAAAAAUCUCAAUGUUCUAUAUCUGUAUGAUAAUCAUAUUCAGCAAAUUGAUAACUUGGGUUUUGCCACAAACCUAACACAUCUUUAUCUACAAAACAAUUGCAUUUCAUGUAUAGAGAACCUCGAAUCACUAAAGAAACUUGAGAAACUGUACCUGGGAGGCAAUUACAUUGCAGUGGUCGAGGGUUUAGAAGGAUUAGAAGAGCUGAGAGAGCUACAUGUUGAAAGUCAACGGCUUCCCCUUGGAGAAAAGCUCCUGUUUGAUCCAAGAACUCUUCAUUCCCUGGCAAAUUCCCUCUCUAUAUUAAAUAUCAGUAACAAUAAUAUUGAUGAACUAAAAGACUUGGAGAUAUUAGAAAACCUUACUCAGCUUAUAGCAGUUGACAACCAACUUCAACAUAUGAAGGAUUUGGAGUUCGUAUUGAACAAAUUGACAAAACUGUGGAAAAUGGAUCUUAAUGGAAAUCCUGUUUGCCUCAAACCAAAAUAUAGGGACAGGCUCAUCACCAAGUCCAAAUCUCUCGGUUCUCUUGAUGGGAAAGAAAUAAAAGAAAUGGAAAGGCAGUUCUUAAUGAACUGGAAAGCAUCCAAAGAUGCCAAGAAAAUCAGCAAGAAAAAGAACAUGAUGAAUGAGAGUGCAGCCCAUCCAAAUUUAUAUAACAUGGAAUCAGACAACCACCUAGUUCCUGUUUAUUAUGAUUCCCCACAGGGGGGUAAAUCAAAACUUGUCAUUUUUUCCGAUACACAAAGACCUCAUCAAAACAGAAAAGAAUCUCUAAAACAGCCACGAGAAGAAGAAAGUAAUAGUGAUGUUGUUGAAAAAAUAAGAAAUCUAAUUCUGAAGACCCCACAAAGUUCACUGCCAAGAAAUGACAUAUCUGAACCUCACCUCAUCCAUAAGACAUCGUUCUAACUUCUGUGAUUGCUGCAUCUUCUCUUUACCCGAAAGAUUUCCCACUACAGGAAAAGUGAAACCCACUCCACUAAAACCCAUCAUUUCCCUUCGCCACACUGCCAGACGUAGCAGAUUGUAAUGUACUUUAAGCUUCCUAUAAUUUGGAUUCUUUUUAAUUAAAACUCUGUGUUGUGUAACGGAAUUUC